GUCUCGGUGGACAAGGGAUGGAGCUGUGAGGGGUGCCUACAGCCGGGAGCUUGUGGGAACUGCUUUCUGCUGCCUGCUUCUUGUGCUCUGGGCAGCCUUUCAGGAGCCUGUGGCCCCGGAGCCUAGCCCCUCGGGACUCAUGUGCAUCGUCUUCUUCAAGUUCGACCCUCGCCCUGCUUCCAAAAAUGCGUACAGGCUCAUCCUGGCCGCCAACAGGGACGAGUUCUACCACCGGCCCGCCAGGGCCGCGGACUUCUGGGGGAGCAACAACGAGGUCCUCAGCGGGCUGGACAUGGAGGAAGGCAAGGAGGGCGGCACAUGGCUGGGCAUCAGCACGCGGGGCAAGCUGGCCGCGCUCACCAACUACUUGCAGCCGCGGCUGAACCAUGAUGCCCGGGGCCGAGGUGAGCUCGUGGCCCAGUUCCUGACCUCGGACAUGGACAGCUUGUCCUACCUGAAGAAGGUCUCGGCCGAGGGCCAUCUGUACAAUGGCUUCAACCUCAUCGCGGGCGACCUGAGCGCAGAGAAGGGAGACGUCAUUUGCUACUAUGGAAACCGGGGGGAGCGGGAGCCUGUCGUCCUGGCGCCAGGGACCUAUGGGCUGAGUAACGCGCUGCUGGAGACGCCCUGGAGAAAGCUGUGCUUCGGGAAGCAGCUCUUCCUGGAGGCCGUGGAGCGGGGCCGGGAGCUCCCCAGGGAGGCACUGGUGGCCCAGCUCCUAGAUGUGCUCAGCAACGACGAGGCGCAGCUGCCAGACCCGGCCAUCGAGGCCCAGGGCAGGGAGUACGUGCGGCCCAUCCUCAGCAAGUACGCGGCCGUGUGUGUGCGCUGCCCGGACUACGGCACCAGGACCAACACGGUCAUCCUCGUGGAUGCCGAUGGGCACGUGACCUUCACGGAGCGCAGCAUGCUGGGCUCGGACCCCACCCUCUGGGAGGCCGUUACCCAUGAGUUCCGGCUGCAGAGCUAGCCCGCAGCUGCCGUGGCUGGGGCUCCCGGGAGGCCCUGCCACAGGUACUGCCCGUGACCCAGCCAGCGUCCCCCAGGGCAGAGCCCUCUGUGUGAGCCGUCUGCGUCCCUGGGUCUAGCUCGGGGUCCAGCCUUAGGCCCUGGAAAUGACAGCUGCCUGCAGUCAGGGUGCCGGGCCUCCCCUGCCCGUGUGCAGAGCCCCAUGUGACACACGUCAUGCAGGCAUGCACACACUGCAGGCCAUAGGCAUGCACACGUGCUCAGACGCAUACAUGCUCCAGGCAUGCCACCCGCAAGAGCCGGCCCCGCGGCGAGUGCCUCUCGCCCUCCUGCGCUACGUCCUGUGAGUCUCGCCGCGAUCCAGACACAAGAGUGGACGUCCGCUUCGGAGCAGCCCCUCCUGUCCUGGCCGUGGCCCUCGCUGCCCCCAGCCCUGCUCCUGGAAGGGGACAGGGCGUCUGGAGGGAUGGAAGCCUCUCCCUAGAGAGACGCAGCCUGGGGCCGUCCAUGAGGGGUGCCCGUGCGCACUGCGCUGCCCGGGGCUCCCGGGCUCCAGGCAGGCCCGUCUCAGGGAGGGCACACAGAGGCCCCUGCUGUUCUCCUCCUCCCGAGAAACUGCACGGCGUAGGACUCUGUGAGUGAAUGGGGGAUGCUGACAAUAAAACAGAGGCCGGUG